UUGCCUGAAAAUGAAUUUUAGAAUUCAAAUCCAGUGGCUAUGAGUUUCCUAAAAUGAGCAUUCCCAACUGCUCUCUCAGCCUUUCCAUCCACUCUGGUAUUAAGUGCUUAGCCCAGACCAAGUUACGCAUUUCUGAAACCCAGUGGCUUCAACAGGACAAUGUGAUGUGGCAGGCUGCUGACUCAAGAGGAAGUCCUCUCGCAGUGUUCUCUUGAGCCAACCAUUUUCUCCCCCUGGACUUCAUUUUCCCAUCCAUAAAAUACGAGUAGCAAUGUAUACCUCGUGGGACAGGUGCAAAAAUUGAAUACAAAUGUUCAUUUGUCCAUUCUCUGCUAUGUACAGGCACUGGGAAAAGAAAAGUGGCCAGAAUGUGGUUCUUUCCCUUGAGGAGUUCACUGUCUAGGAAGGAAGACAGACACCUAAAAACUUAAAGUCAUGCCAAAAAUACCCUCACAGAGGUGUGGACAAGCCCUACAGGUGCAUAGAAGACUCAGCAGACCGUGCUGGGGUUGGAGGAAGUUGCCCUCACAGAGUCAAAGGUAAAGAGGGAGAACAUGAGCUUGGGACGGGGGGAGAAGGAGAAUCCCAAGCAAGCUUCACGCUGUCAGCACAGAGUCAGACAUGUGGCUGGAACUCAUGAACCAUGAGAUCAUGACCUGAGCGAAAACCAAGAGUUGGAUGCCUAACCAACUGAGCCAUCCAAGCAUCCCAAAGCCACAAACAUGUGAACAGGUUUUACUUCUUCGCCUCAUGACUGCUUUGUGGAUGCAACACAUUCCAUGGAGAAAGUGGCCUCAGGAAAGGCUCUGCAUCGCUGCCGGAGGUGGCAUGGCCAACUUGUGCAAACGUGUGUGACUUGGGAAGAAGCCCGGGAGAUACCUGACCCGACUUGGGGCCGAAGCCCUGCCGGGCAGCACCUCCGUGGAUCCCCUGCUGCCCUCUGGCUCCCUGCGUCUUCCUGUUUCCCUCUCAGCAACCCCAGCCUGCAGGCCCCAAGUGUGUGGACAUCCCCCCUCUCCCUCUCCUGUGUGCCCUCUUCCUCUGGCCCCUCCUUGCCUCUCCUGCUUCUCUCUUGCCACAGCCCCACCCUUCCAAUAAUCCGGAGCCGUGUGGGAUGGAAUGCCGUGUGGUACCUCUGGGGCUGCCCCCUUUCCAGGAGCGUGCUGCCUGGCUUCUCUACUUGGCCAGCUCCCAGCCACCCUUAAGCUUCUGGCUCAGCAUCACCGUUUUCAGGAAGCGUGGACAUCGCCUCUCUUCAUCAUGCCCCUCGGCCCUGGAGGAUCUUCCUGUGUCACCUGGGAUGUCCCACUGCUCCCGUUGGAUGGGUGGCAUUCCGUAUUUGAGGAACAGAUGAACGAAUGAGUGAAUGAACAAACACGUAGGCUGAUUCGCAUUUUUAUCCUGCCAACCAUGGACACCUCCGACACUUGUACCCUCUACGCUGGCCCGUCACGUGGCCAUCGCUGCCUCUGUCCACCUCGGUCAUAUACACAUGCCAUCUUAGCAACUCUCCUGCUAUAGCUCAGCACUCAGUAGAAAUUUCCCUGGUGAUGGAGAUGUUCUGUCUGCACGUACCAGUAUGGUAGCCACUAGCCACAUGUGUCUGUGGAACCUUCAAAAUGUGGUUAGGAUGAGCGAGGAAUUUAAUUUCAUUGUAAUUAAUUGGUAUUUAAAUUCACAGCCACGUGCUCCGAGUGGCUACUGUGCUGGACAGCACAGCUAAGCUCCCAUGUUAAUGCCUUCAUUGCACACGGUCUCUUGACUGAGAGAUCACUGUCCACAGUAUGAAGCCCAAUUCUUACAUCCCUGCGUGAUCCAACCCCUGAACCACUUUCUGCUCCCAUCUUGGCAGUAGUGGAGACCAACCGUGAUUGCAAGUAUGGCCUCAGGAGCCAAGCAGCUUGGGUUCGAAGCUCAGCUCCGGGGUGCUGGUGAGUUAACUCUUCUGCAUGUCGCUUUCGUUGUCUGUAAAAUGGGCUGAAUACCCACACUCGGGGGUAUUGUGAGGAGGAUGUGUGCUCCCCUGUGCCAAAGGCUUAGAAGAGUAUCUGGCACUGGGGAGCCCUCAAUAAGUGGCACCUAUAAAGAUCAUUAUUUCUCUCGUGUCCCUGGUGGAGGCAGCCUGUCCUCCUCACUGUCCCCCCACUAGAACUGUCCAGCUCCAUGCCGUCUUUCACACUGGUCCUCCUCAUUGCCUACAAACACGUCCCACUCUCAAGGGCUCCGCUGGGCACCCAUCCUCUGGGAAGCCUUCUUCCCCAGCCUUCCCCAGCCUGAGCAAACUUUCCUUCCUCGGAGUCCCAUGAUACUUCCUACCCACGCCUCUUCUAGAGCAGCUGUAACGGGCACCUAGCUGUUACUUACUGUGUAUGCGUCUUCACAGCCAGACUAGAACCCACUCAAGAUCCUAGACUAGGUCACAGACGUCUCUUCUCCUUCACUGGCAGGCCAGAGAUGUGUGCGUCAUCACUGGUCAAAAAGAUUGAUAUUUCUGAUUAUCAGAUUACCUGAUCUUUCCAACUUUUCUCUUUCCCAAGAAAAGAAAGGCAAGGAACUAUUCUGAGCACCACGACGGACAUGAUCGGAGUCUUUACAGUUUAAACUUUGCAGCCACCCGGCGAGAUAGGUAUUAUAAUUCCUAUUUUCAAGAUCAGACCACUGAGGGUCUGAGAUUUAAGCAAGCGGCUCAGACACUCUGCUGGUAAGCACAAGAGCUGCGGCUCCAAUGCAGACGGGUCUGUUGGGUUGUUAGGGCCAAGGGUGGCCCAGCAAGGGACCACACCAUCUAGACACCGUAUUCACACUCUCACCUAGUCCGGGAUCUGUGCUCACCAAUAGCAGGCAGUGAAACUAUGCCAGUCCUGGGUUCACCCUUAUAGGAGACUGGUGGUCUCUGCUUCCUUUCUCUUGAAGCGCUUAUUUAAAAAUUUUUUUAAUGUUUAUUUAUUUUUGAGAGAGAGAGACAGAAUCCAAAGCAGGUUCCAGGCUCUGAGCUGUUGGCACAGAGCCUGACACGGGACUCAAACGCAUGAACUGCAGGAUUGUGACCUGAGCUGAAGUCAGAAGCUUAACUGACUGAGCCACCCAGUGCCCUGAAACAUUAAAAAAAAAUUUUUUUAAUGUUUAUUUAUUUUUGAAAGAGACAGAGACAGAGUGUGAACAGGGGAGGGGCAGAGAGAGGGAGACACAGAAUCCGAAACAGGCUCCAGGCUCUGAGCUGUCAGCACAGAGCCCGACAUGGGGCUCGAACUCACAAGCCAUGAGAUCAUGACCUGAGCCGAAGUCGGACGCUUAACCGACUGAGCCACCCAGGCACCCCCCCGAAACACUUAAAAAAAAAAUUUUAUCAUUUAUUUUGGGGAAAGCACAUGUGGGGGAGGGGUUGGAAGAGAGGGACAGAGGAUAUGAAGCAGGGUCUGUGCUGACAGGCUGACAGCAGGGAGCCUGACGCAAGGCUUGAACUCACAAACUGGGAGAUCGUGACCUGAGCCAAAGUCGGACACAACCGACUGAGCGACCUCGGUGCCCCUCUCUAGAAACCUUUUUUGGAGGCUUUUGCUGCCAUGGAAGAAGUCCAGCUAUCCUGCUGGAGAGAUCCCGUGGAGAGGGUCAAGGACAGACCCUGAGACCACAUGGAGACGGGGAGAGGCCCAGACCCAGCCCUCCUAGCGUGUCAGUCAACUACCAGCAGACCUGCAAUGACGUAAGGAACGCCAAGCGGCAAAAGCAGGAAAACUGCCCAGCAGAGCCCAAUCCCCCCACAGAACUGAGCCCAGAGAGAUAAUGACAGUGGUGGUUAUUGGAAACCACUAAGGUUUGGAGCACUUUGUGACACAGCAGGAGAUGAACAAAACUCUUGUGUAAGAUGAGCUACUCCCGUCCACGUUCCCGCUGCCCUGCUCUCUUACGCACUGGCCAGUUUUCAGUCCAUCUGAAGGCAGCAAAUGCAUUCUAAAAGUGGUCUGUGGAACACCCACUUUUGCUCUCAUAUCUACUCUGGUCCCUCAGCCAGCAACUUCAGAAAGUGGUAAGCGUUCCUGUGUAGUGGGGAGGAACUAACACUGCCUAGUGCGUGAAUCAAGUUCCUUCACAUCUCUGAGGCUGUAAAAAUAAGGCUGUUAAUGACUCCCUUGCAGGGAUGUGUGGGAAUUAAAUAACAUACUGCUAAGCAGACACCUAGCAUGGCACUUGACACAUGUCAGGCAUCCAGCAAAUGGUGUUUAUGAGAGGCUGGAGGACACGGCUCCCACUGGCGACGAGUCUCGUGUCCCACUCUCCCCUUAUUAGCAAAGACCUAGAAAGCAGGGUUGAGGCUCCCAUGGGUCCAGAGCAGUGCCAGAGCUUCUUGAGAAAGAGCAGCUGCUGCUUGUUAUCUCUGUUUACAAAAAGGAAGGAUGGAGGUUCAACAUGGAAGCUGUCCCGUGAACCACGGCAGGAAUCCCUAACCCCUUUGGGAAAUAUAUGACCUUUGGGACACAAGGCUCCGCCUCCCAACGGAAAAGAACAAGGCAGAGACUGAGUCUCAUUAAUCACCUCUAUAAUCCCAGAACUCGGCGUAAGUUCAGGGUAAGUUCAAAGAAGGCACAGAAUUAUUUUCCUGCUUUGCUUGCUGCUGUGUUUGCAGCACACAGUAGAUGUUUAGUAAAUAUGUUCUGUGUGAAUAAGUGAAUGUGAGACUGCAUGAACGUCGUACUGCCUGGAGCCAACACUGCAGCUUAUCUAUCCCAAGCCAUCCCCUCCUUGUUCCUUGCUAAUGGAAUCCUGGGGUGAAUCUGGUGGCAACGUGCUGCCCGGGAGGACUCCCGAUGGAUUUAAGAAAAUCAGGGCACACCUGCUCCUCCUUGCCAGGAAUUGAUCUAGGGGUGGUCAUGUGACACCACUGAGACUAUGAGACGAAGAGAAAAAUCUGUUCCAUAGCAUAAAGAGAGAGCUGUCAGAGGGAAAUGCCUCCUUUUCCCCACCUUGUGUCUCUGUUUUGGCACCUCGUUGUGGGGGGACAUCAUUCCUGGAGUGAAGGCAGUCGCUCAUAAGCAAAACUGAGCAAGUCUAAGGAUGGGAAGCCAACCCCCUGACGAUGGUACAGGGGUGCCUGGCCAGAGGGUCCCGAUGAACUUCCCAGCCACCCAGGACCCCCAGACGACUUGAUGUCUGAGAUAAAUGCACAUCUUUAGGGUUUCCAGAGAUAUUGUUAUUUCCAGCCAAAGCAUCUUCUAUUAACUCAUUGAACCUUCAUGACAUUAUCAUGGGCUGAAUCGUGUCUUCCCCUCCCCCACCUCAAGAUGCCUAUGUUGGAGCCCCAGCACCUCAGACUGUAGCUGUGUUCACAGGUAGAGCCUGUUAGGGGUGACAACAUUAAAAUGAGCCCAUUAGGGUGGGCCCUGAUCUACCCUGACUGGUGUCCUCCUAGGAGGAAUUUUGGGCACACAGCCAGGGAUGCAUGAGCCCAGACAGACAGCCACCUGAGGACACGGUGAGAAAAGACGGCCAUCGACACACCAGGCACAGAAGCCUCAGAAGAAACCAGUGCUGCUGACAGCUGGGUCCUGGACUUCCAGCCUCUAGAAUUGUAAGAAAACAAAUGUGUGCUCUUCAAGACGUCCAGCGGGACUUUGUUAUGGCAGCCCUAGAAAACUAAUACAGAUUACCCAUUGUUAUGAUCAGUUUAUUAUCCCCAUUAUCAAAAAAUCCUGACCUCGCCAUCUAAUUGCCCCCAGGGUACAGGGCUGAAUAAAGAAAGCUGGACUUAGCUCCUCACUAUUAUAAUAACAAGGCAGUGAAAUCAACCCAUGACUGGCCCUCUCAGGUCCACCACCCAUGGACACAUCCACCCAUUGCUUCGUUCAACAGGAAUCUAGCAAACAUCCGUCGUGUGUCCGUGCUGUGUGGAAUUGUCACCAAGUGUGUACUUUGGAGUCAGGCUGCCUGGCUUGGCUUCCUAAUUGUCUCCUAGUCACUAUGUGACCUAAGGGAAAGCUGGUUCUUUCCAGACUUUUUGCAUCUCUAGAAUGAGGCUAAGAGUACCCAUCUCCUAGGAUUAUAUAAAGUCGGAGCAAGCCAGUGCACGUAGAGUGCUUGGCAAAGCACUUGACUCUGAGAACACAUUGGGUGGGUGGCAGCCAUUGCUUUGAUGGGUAUAUGAAAUGGACAAAAAAGGAGGCACAGCCAUGUUUCUCCAUAAUUUGAAUAUUGUCCUCCCCACAAACCCUGCGACCUAGGUAUUGCCAUCCUGUUUCAAAGAGUAAAGUGAGGUUCCGAGGGGACAGGUGACAAGUCACAGUUUUUAAAAAAAUUUUUUUCUGUGUUUAUUCUUUUUAGAGAGUGACAUUGUGAGCAGGGGAGGGGCAGGUAGAGAGGGAGACACAGAAUCCGAAGCAGGCUCCAGGCUCCAGGCUGUCAGCCAGAGCUCUACGCGGGGCUCGAAUCCGCAAACCACCAGAUCAUGACCUGAGCCAAAGUCGGCCCCUUAACCGGCUGAGCCACCCAGGUGCCCCACAACAGUCACAGGUUUUAAUCGCAGGGCUGGGAUCCCAACAGGGUCUUCUGAUUUUUUUUUUUUUUUCUUCCCUGCACCAGAGCAGCUGCCCCUGGAGGUGCAUUUUUUCCUGAGCCCAUAGUUUAUGCCAGAAACUCUCACUUAAUCCCCAUGAGGACACAGCUUUCACAGCCUAAGAAUAAUAACCCCGACAUGGAUACACAUGUUUAGACCAGACAGGAGAAUAAACUGGCAAGUAAUGGGGUUUAAUGGAAAAUGUGGGUCAAAGGGAACUGCCUCCUGAGUGAUUGGGGAAGAAAGGCUAAUAACUGGGAGCUGUUUGGGGCCAGGUGCUUUUGCUAGGCCCUUGAGUCCAAACACUUGGGGAUUUUGACAUCAUUGCACCCCCAUUUUACACUUAAGGAAAUGGAGGCUCAGAGAGGAUAAGUCAGACCCCUAGAAAAAGGAAGAGUCAAUCUCUUAACAAUUCAAAUAUGCCACCUCUUCUCCUGGACCAGGGCCCCUCAGCACCUGCUGAGAAUUAGAAUCAUCUGAGACAUUUGUAAGACGAGUGAGGGCUGGGCUUCCCACAGAGAUCCUGCCUCAGUGGGUAUGGAGGGAGGCCGGGUGCUGGACCCUCGGGAGCUCCCAGCCAGGGGUGGGCGCACAGCCAGACCAGGAGGCUGUCCCGACUGGGCUCUGAAGUCCAGGAACAUGGUCUCAGCCCAGACCUGGCAAGAACUGUCCUCAGCAGCCGUGGGGAGGCAGGCACCACACCCUGCCUUCCUCUACCCCGGGGGGGAAAUAGCUGCUCCUUUCUGUAAGCAAUAGGAGUAGAGAGGAGUCCGUUAACUCAUCACUCAACAUUCUGGCCACUUGGGUAUGGAUUUUGGGCAUCACGGCAAGAGGCACAAAUACAGGGGAGCCCUGAAAUCACAUAUGAGCAUCACUGAAAUCACAUUCAGGCAUCGUUUCUUCCUCCUGUUAGACCAAGAAGUCGAACUGACAUUUGUUUUUUUAACCAUUCCCCAAUGUACUUGAGUAGCAUUUUUGGUUCCUUAUGUUUAUUGUUCCAAAAAAGAAAUAUAAUAAAUUAAGUUGCUCUUUGCAUAUGAUUUUUUUUUUCCUAAGGAAGGGGAGGUUUAGGAUCUUUAUUCAAAACAAAGCAAAAAUCCUCUCUCUGCCAAAGACGUUCCCACCACGUGCAGCAGGAAUUCGCAUGAUUGACAUGCGCUCAGCUCCCUUAAUCCCAGGUGUCCUGUGUCCUGAUCGUUUCUCUUGUUGUUCUGAUCUAAAUCAUGUUCACCUCCUGGGUUGGGGUAUUUCAGGCUGCAUACCUAUGCUGAAUGCACCCACUCAAUUAUCCCGCCGAUUUAAACCCAGCAAAAAACACUAGCUUUUCCUGUUUAAGCCAGAAGCGGAGCUGGAGAGGGAGCUGGAGAUAAGAGUAAGACGGUUAGACUGACCAGGACUCCCGGGGAAUUUGACCUUUGACCAAAGAUAAGUAAGGCCAGCACAGUGCGAAGAGACACCAGGCUCUUGUGGCAUCUGGAGGAAAAGAGAUGUAAACGAAGGAAGCUGCAGGAAAGCAGAAAGGAGAGAAAAGGAGGAGCCGAGCAGUUGCCUGGAACACAUCGGAGUGUCUGCUCACCGUCCCCAUCGCCACCGCCCAGCGCCCCAUGCGAUGGAUGUCAUAUUUGGCAGAAAUAAGAAGGAGCAGCUGGAACCUGUGAGGGCCCAAGUGACAGGCAGGAUUCCAUCAUGGCUGCAGGGCACUCUGCUUCGCAAUGGGCCCGGAAUGCACACAGUGGGGGAGACCAGAUACAACCACUGGUUUGAUGGCCUGGCUUUGCUCCACAGUUUCACGAUUAGAGACGGUGAAGUCUAUUACAGGAGCAAAUACCUGAGAAGUGAUACCUACAAUGCCAACACCAAGGCCAACAGGAUUGUGGUGUCAGAGUUUGGAACGAUGGCCCAUCCAGACCCCUGCAAAAACAUGUUUUCUAAAGCUUUUUCCUACUUGUCCCAUACCAUCCCUGAUUUCACAGACAACUGCCUGAUAAACAUCAUGAAGUGUGGAGAAGACUUCUAUGCGACCACAGAGACCAAUUACAUCAGGAAAAUCAACCCACAGACUCUGGAAACCCUGGAGAAGGUGGAUUAUCGCAAUUACGUGGCGGUAAAUCUGGCAACAUCGCAUCCUCAUUAUGAUGCGGCUGGAAAUGUUCUUAAUAUGGGCACAUCCAUCAUGGACAAGGGGAAGACAAAAUAUGUGAUCUUUAAGAUCCCUGCCACAGUACCAGAGGACGCGAAGGGGAAGAACCCGUUGAAGCACACAGAGGUGUUCGGUUCCAUCACCUCCCGCUCGCUCCUCUCCCCGAGCUAUUACCACAGCUUCGGAGUCACCGAGAACUACAUCGUUUUCCUCGAGCAGCCUUUCAAGCUGGACGUCCUCAAGAUGUCAACUGCGUACAUCCGGGGAGUGAACUGGGCUUCCUGCCUGGCUUUCCACAGGGAGGACCAGACUUACAUUCACAUCAUCGACCAAAGGACUGGGAAGCCCGUGCCGACCCAGUUUUACACGGACCCCGUGGUGGUGUUUCAUCACGUCAACGCCUACGAAGAGGACGGCUGCCUUGUGUUUGACGUCAUCGCCUACGAGGACGGCAGCCUUUAUCAGCUCUUCCACUUGGCCAACCUGAACCAGGACUUUGAGGAGAACUCCAGGCUCACCUCCGUUCCCACCCUCCAGAGGUUCGCCGUGCCCCUCGAUGUGGACAAGAAUGCAGAAGUGGGAUCAAAUGUAGUCAAACUGGCAUCCACAACGGCAAGAGCCCUGAAGGAAAAAGAUGACCGAGUCUACUGCCAGCCGGAGCUGCUUUAUGAAGGCUUAGAGCUGCCUCGGAUCAAUUAUGCUCACAACGGGAAGCCCUACCGCUAUGUGUUUGCGGCCGAAGUUCACUGGAGUCCCAUCCCAACCGAGAUCCUGAAAUAUGACGUUCUCACAAAGUCAUCCUUAAAAUGGGGACAGGAGCACUGCUGGCCAGCAGAACCCCUGUUUGUCCCCAUGCCGGGUGCCAAGGACGAGGAUGACGGAAUUAUCUUAUCGGCCAUCGUCUCUACCGAUCCCCAGAAGCUUCCUUUUCUGCUUGUUCUGGAUGCCAAAAGUUUCACAGAACUGGCUCGUGCGUCCAUUGACGCAGAGGUGCACCUGGAUCUCCACGGGUUAUUCAUCCCGGACGCAGACGGGGACGCAAGGGAGCAGGCCCCUUCCCAGGAACAGCCGGACAGGGUUCCAGACUGCCAGGUGGCCCCGCGGACCUGAGUGGGUUGGGCCUGUGGGCUCGCUUCCUCUCUGGGCGAAGGGGGAUCCUUCAUUUCCCUUUGCACUUAUGCUUUCUGCGGUGGCUUUGAGACGCAGGUAUGGAAAUAGUGUCUUUUCUUUCGUCUUAUUUUGGCCCUAAAACCAUUGUUUGAAAGUGGAUCAAAUAUGUAUUGAUUAGCUUAAGCAUUUCCAAGAAAGCCCUUUUCCUUUCUUAUAAAACCAUGCCCAGAAAUUGUAUUAAGGCACAUAAUCAGCCUUCUUAGAAUGAGCAACCACUGAUGUACCAGAGAAGAGGCAGGUAACUAUUUGUCAUUGCUCCUUCCUCCUGCCCCUCGUCUCCCUCUUUCCAGUAGACUAGACUGUGCAUCUGGGAGAUCUGGAUUUCCCAACCAUGCGUUGUUAGUAAUAUCUGUGGCCAGGAAGGCAUAUUGCCUUGUUGUCAUUCCAUGCAAGGCAUGGCAUAAUAUAAAAUAAUAAAAGUGUUAAAGUCUGUUCCAACCUUAUUUAAUUUUUACGUGGCUUCUUUUCUCUGAAGUUCUUCUAAGGCAAUAAAAUAGAGUGCAGUUCGUAGCCAGCCAGAUGCCCCAGUACAACAGAUUGGGACAGCAGAUUGGUGUGGCAGUCCCCUUUGCAGGAGAGGGUUAAGGAGUUGGAUGGUGACCCAACUAGCCAUGGCCAAGGGGCUAGAAUCCAGGACCAAGGCCCAGGCCAGGGCUGGCAUGAGGAGUUCUUGCCUAAUGCUGAGAACCAGGGCAGGGAGCCCCGCCAGCUGGGAUUCCACCCUUAUUCUGCACCUGCCUCCUCUCCUAAAUCUGGAUUUCACGCAGUCACCAGUAGAGAUUCAGUGACAUGUAUUGAGACAGGAAGGAAUGAAUCUCUAGUGACAUUGCAUGGAAUACCCCAGAGCGGGCAGAGCUCUGAAGGAUGGUCUGGACUUUUACCCUGCAAAAACACCAUGAAGCCAUACUUAGCUCCCACUGAAAUGUAGGGUCCAUCAGGUCUGGGGGUUGGGUUUUGUUUUGGGGGUGUUUUUUGGACAUUUUUAUUUAAAUAAUUGAAGAUUCAUGUACGCGUGUAAGAAAUAAUACAAAAGAGAUCCCUCGUGGACUUUACCCAUUUUUUCCAAUGGUAACAUUAUAGUAUAGUUAUCACAACCAGGAUAUGACAUUGAUUCAGUCCAUAGAUCUUUUUCAGAUCCCCCCAGUUUUAUUUGUAUUCGUUGGUGUGCAUGCUUAGUUCUACGCAAUUUUAUCAUGCGUGUAGAUUCCUUAUUCCACCACCAUGAUCAAGAUACCAAAUGGCACAUCAACACAAGGAUUCCGUGGGGUGCUUUCUUAUCACUAUACCUACCUGUCUCCCACCAUGACCUUCCCCCAUCCCUAACCCAUGGCAACCACCAUUUCUAAAAUUUUAUCAUUUGAAAACUGCUGUAUCAAUGGAAUCACCAGAAUUAACUGUUGGGGAUUGACUCUUCUCCACAGAAUCGCUUGCAGAUUCAUCCACAUUGUUCUAUGUUGGGUGUGUUUUGUUCACUACUGUAUCCUCAGCACCUAGAACACUGCCUGGUGCCUCACAGGCUCUCAAUAAUAAAUAUUUGUUGAGUGAUUGCACGAGUGAAUUCCUUCAACACACAGAUUGUUGGUCGAUAAUGUACCAACAAGAAAUGGAUAUUUUACUAAUGUUCUCCUGGGAAGACGAGGAAGACAGUUCACAUGGACCCCAAUGACGACACACAGGUUCCUGCCCUGCCAUCCCUGACCCCCUCCUCUCUCUCUUUCCCUGUUGGUUCCUCAAAUCCCCUCCACCACCCCAGUCUUUCCAUUUCACCCUCAGCUCAUGGAUCCCAUUAAACAGAAACGUGACCCCUGGAGAUGGCAGAAUGAAGACCAUCUACGCUUCCUUUGGAGAUCCCAGCACCUCCAGCCUUCAUGAGAUGGGCUGGGAGGAAAUGCCAGCCAUGGUGGCCUGAGACCAGUACGACUGAGGUCUGCAUUCAGAUGGCACGAACGGAAAAGAGUCGACAGAUGUGACACUCACCUACUCAUUAUUCUACUUCAGAUAUUUGAGAAGAGGGUGGAAUUAAAAAGUGCUUCCCCACCCCCACUCUGCUCAAUGCCAAUUGCCAA